GGAAUUAUGGUGAUAUGUACGUUGUUUUACGCCUUCGUGGAAAUACAAAAUUAUCGCAAACUGGGCCUCAGAAAGUACUUUGGAAAUCUCUGGCGCUGUUUAGAGGCAUUUACAGUUAUUCUUACCUGUGCUGUGGGCAUAAUCUUCUUCUUGAGAUAUUACAAAUUUGUGGAGAUCCUAAAGGACUUUCAGAAAUAUGGGCACACGCGUUUCUUGAACUUCGAGGCUGUAUUUCAGAUGCACGAACAUCUACACAUAUCCCUGGCAGUUCUGGGAGGAGUCGUCAUUUUUAAAAUGUUGAAAGUCACAGC